AUGGGUUGGCCACCUCUCUGUUUACGCCACUCCGAAUUGGGUAUGGAAAAUAGUACUCUUUUCGUACGAGCUGUUUUGUUGUAUGGCUGUGAGACUCGGCCUAUUCGGGCAGUGGAAAUGAGAAGUGCUCAGGUGUUCGACAAUCGUUGUCUCAGAACCAUAGCUCGUGUGAAUUGGUGUCGGCAAAUCCGUAACGAGGCAGUUAGAAAGCGCGUUUUCGGUCGUGUAACGGGUACUUCCAUUGAAGAAUGUGUCCGCUGCGUUGGUUGGGACAUGUGUUGCGUACGUCGAACCAUCGUUUGCCGAAGAGAGUAUUGUUUUCCAUGCCCAAUUCGGAGUGGCGUAAACAGAGAGGUGGCCAACCCUUGA